AAUCUUUGAGGAACCUGCCAUAUUUUACGUUGGACGUAAUUUAUAAACGUUCGUUACGAUGAAAGGCGGGCAACAUGAAACGUCAAGUGGAAAUUGCGCGUGCAUGUAAACAAAAUACGUGGUUCGAAUCGUGUUUCGCGUUUUCCUGGAGUUAUUUUGACAAAUUUUACAGCGUUUUCCAUAACUUUUCCUUGAACAAACUGUUUAGAAUAAUUUAUUUUAAGCCUGAAUCAUUUAAAAACAUGUGUAAAUUUUUCCUAGCACUUUUAUCUCUGGUGAUGCUUGUUCUUCAGCAAGCGAAUGCCGAAUUUACUGCAAAAGACUGCCGCGAUCUAGGGUUUAUUAAAUCUCAACUAUUUUGCUCAUCGUGCGAUACACUUGGCGAAUAUGGCCUAGACGAGCUUAAGGAUCACUGCCAGGAGUGCUGCCAAAAGGAUGUAGAGAGCACCGGCAAGCUGAUGGUUUACCCAAAAGCAGUUUUGGAGGUUUGCACCUGUAAAUUUGGAGCUUAUCCGCAGAUCCAAGCUUUCAUCAAAAGCGAUCGACCACAGAAGUUCCCCAAUCUGACCAUUAAGUACGUCCGCGGCUUGGAUCCGAUAGUGAAGCUAAUGGAUGAGGCCGGCAAUGUAAAGGAAACGCUGUCAAUUACCAAAUGGAACACCGAUACGGUGCAGGAAUUUUUCGAGACGCGAUUAACAAAGAUAACCGACGACGACAAUUACCUCCUAACCAAUCGGGUGUAGUCACAGUAAGUACAUAUAAAUACGUAGCUUGUUAAAUUGUUUGUGUAAUGGCUCAUGUGCAUCAAAAUACAAAUAUUCAAGCGAUA